CAUAAUAUUUGUUCUUAAAAAUUAUAGAAUGUUUAUAAAUAAAGAUUUUCAAAGAAUUUUCUAAUUGAAAAUUGCAUUCAUUGAGAAUCAAUAUGUGAUUUAAGUGUUCCUUUAAUUUUUUUGAGCAUUGUGUAUAGACCAAUUGGCAAUCUUAACCACCGGAUGAAAUGUCGCUGUAGCUUUGUGCCAUUAAACCAGGGUUAACUUGUAUUUGUCUUCUUUCACCUUAGACCUGAUGGCACCGAAAGAAGAGAGUCAAGACCUGAAUGAAAACAAAGAGAAAAAUCUGAGGGAUGAGAAGCAUCAUGAUUUCAUAACUGAAGAAAAAUCUUUCAGUUGCUCACAGUCUAAAACGAUUUCCAUGCGAAAAAAAGCUCAGAAAACAGGAUCUAGAAAGUACACCUGCUUUCAGUGUGGAAAGAGUUUUACUUAUCAUGGAAACCUUUAUGUCCAUAUGAGAAUUCACACUGGAGAAAAGCCUUUCACCUGCCAACAGUGUGGGAAAGGUUUUACUCAAAAUGAAAGCCUUAAAGUCCACAUGAGCGUUCACACUGGAGAGAAGCCUUUCACCUGCCAACGAUGUGGGAAAGGUUAUACUCAAAAUGAAAGCCUUAAAGUCCACAUGAGGAGUCAUACUGGAGAGAAGCCUUUCCCCUGCCAACAGUGUGGAAAAAGUUUCAUUCGAAAAGAAUACCUUAAAGUACAUGCAAGAGUUCACACUGAAGAGAAGCCUUACAUAUGCCCUCAGUGUGGUAAGGGUUUUUCACAUAGAGCAGCAAUGUAUCCUCACAUGAGAACUCACACUGGAGAGAAGCCUUUCACAUGCCAACAAUGUGGACAAAGUUUCACUGAAAAAGGAAACCUUCAGGUUCACAUGAGAAUUCAAACUGGAGAAAAGCCUUUCAUAUGCCAGCAAUGUGGACAACGUUUCACUCAAAAGCACUACCUUACAUCCCACAUGAGAAUUCACACUGGAGAGAGACCUUUCACCUGCCAACAAUGUGGAAAAGGUUUCUCUCAAAAGAGCCACAUUAAAUCCCACAUGAGCAUUCACACUGGAGAGAGCCCUUUCACCUGCCACCAAUGUGGGAAGAGUUUCACUCAAAAUGGAAGUCUUAAAGUACACAUAAAAAUUCACAAUGGAGAGAACUUUUUUACAUGCCAACAGUGUGGAAAAAUUUUCUUUCGAAAAUCUUGUCUUAAAAGCCAUAUGAGAGUUCACACUGAAGAAAAACCUUACACCUGCACUCAAUGUGGAAAAAAUUUUAAACAUAGUGCAGCAAUUAAUCGCCACAUGCGUAUUCACACUGGAGAGAAGCCUCACACCUGCCAACAGUGUGGAAAGUGUUUCAUUGAUAAAGGAAGCCUUAAAGUCCACAUGAGAAUUCACACUGGAGAGAAGCCUUUCACAUGCACCCAGUGUGGAAAAAGUUUCUCUCAAAAGGAACACCUUAAAUCCCACAUGAGAAUCCACACUGGAGAAAAGCCAUACACCUGCCCUUCUCCGACGACUGUUUGAGUCAUCAGUGUGGAGUGAGUUUCAUAGACCGAAAACAUUGUAUGAAUCAUGUCACACUGGAGAGAAGCCUUUCAUGUGCCAUCACUGUAGAAAGGCUUGUUCAAACCAAGCAAACCUUAGACUACGUUUACUCAACACGAUGUAGUCAAAAACGGAAAAGUUUUUCCCUUGAGUUUUUAAAAAGUUUCACGUAUACACAACAACAUUUUCAAAAUGAUUCGCCGUCAUCUUGUUAGUAAACAGUACCUGUAGGGAAGUGACGAUUAUAUGUUUUAUAUGAUGCGUCUCCACUGUUGGCUGUAGUAUUGGUAAAGUAAAUCCACACUUUACAGAAGAAGCGUUAGCAAACUCUAGAGCAGCAACAACAGUACCAUAUACUCCGCCAUUGUGGAUUAUGUUUGUUUGCACUUGCCUUUAAAAUCGUCAUGUACUGCGCAUGUCUACAUACCGUACGCGCAUGACAUCACCGUUUUGAAAGAUUCCUGUUUUGGGUGUUUACACGGAAACGAUAACGCUGGUGUUUUCAAAAACUUGCACUUUGAAACCUGUUUUCAAAAAUAUGCAUUUUCAGUCCCCAAAACGUCGUUGUCGUGUAAAUGAACUGGCAAAUCCCAUAAGUUUACCGUUUUUGGCUGAAAACGAUAACCCUUAAGGUUCACAUGAGAGUUCACGAUGUAUAAAAAGCCUUUCACCUGGCCUCAGUGUGGAAAGAGUUUUACACUUAAAGGAAACCUAAAGAUUCAUAGAAGUGCUCACACUUGAGAGAUGGGUGUCUGCUGUGUGGAAAAAAAAAGUUUCAAAUGUACUGUCUGUUUGACAAGAAAGUAUAUAUUUUUGUUAUAUAUAUUGUUAUAUUCACCGAACAAAAUUAUAUACACAACAACACUUUUGUUUUUGUCCCCAUUUUUCACGAGCUGACCUCAAAGAUCUAAGACUUUUUCUAUGUACACAAAAAGGCCUAUUUCUCUCAAAUAUAG